AUGGCUGCCGAUACCAAGUUUCUGGCAAGACCUACACCGCAAUCUAUAAUAAAUGGAAAUGGGCAGUCUGUUGAAACAUGUAUGCGGAGUUGCGGUCAAAAUUCCAAGUGUAUCGCUGGAGUAUGGUACCCUCAAGAACGUGACUGCUGGCUACACACUCAAAUUCUUUCAUUAAGAAUUAUGCGGAGUGCCCAUGUCAUCAGUUUUGCCAUUGACAAGGAUCAGGUCUAA